AUGCACGUUUGGAACCUCGGAGUACUCAGAGAUUUGCUGGGUACAGUAUUGAAACUGCUCCUUAGAAAGAGGGGCUUUUAUCGUGGCCGCAACCUUACGAAACGGCUAGCAGUCUUCAACAAAGAUCUUCGCAAGUAUGUUCGUGACAACAAACUGGAGUUGAGUGCCAGAAAGAUCAAGAAGGAGACGCUGAACUGGAAGUCUGAUAUGUGUCCAGUUCUAUUCGCCAAAGCGGCGGAUUGUGCCACCAUUCUUCAAUAUGCGAACUACAAGCUUCAGGAGCAUUUCGAGGUGUCCGAGUACCCUAGCCUUGUCGCCUGUGUUUGGGCGGCGAACAUUUUCAGUGGAUGCAUUAUGUCAGGUGGUGUGAACCUCACGCAGCCGGAGCGUGACACUGUUUACAAUGCAGGGAUGAUGUUUUUGGAGACAUAUGUCUCCUUGGGGCAUGAAGCUUUGGAGAAAGGCCAGCUGUACUUCAAAGUGCGGCCGAAGCUGCAUUACCUACAGCACAUCAUCGAGUCUGUACUGUAUACACAGCGCAAUCCCCGAAUGGGGGCAACGUUCAUGGAUGAAGACUGGGUCCGUCAUGCUAUGGCUACGACUCGAAUGAUGAGCCACCGUACGUGUGCCCUGAACGUUCUUAGAAGGUUCUGUGUUAUUACGAAGGCAGCACUCGAUCGCCAGUUGCAGAAGCGGCACUGA